AUGCCAUUGGAUGUUCAGGAUGUUGUUAAACAACUUAUUGAUUCAAUUGCUAUUGAUGAUGAAUCAUUUCGCUUGCCAUGCUACGCCCAUUCAAUUCAAUUAGCUAUUAAAGAUGGUUUCAAGGCAGCAGCAGAACGUUUUGAAAAUAUUCAAGUAUGUGUUCUAAAUGCCCAUAAAGCUAGUUGGAAUUCACAAUAUGAUAUGGUCGUGACUAUAAUUGGUAUUCAACCGUCUGAUUUAAAUGGUAUUUUAAUACAAACACAACAUCGAGAAUUAUGUAUUAAACCAUUAGAUUAUCAAAUGCUAAAUGAAUUUGUUUCUUUAUUAACACUUUUUGCUGAAGCUAAAACUACCACACAAGCACAACAUGCUCCUUCAGUUUCAAUAGUAGCAUCUUCAAUUUUAGCUAUUUAUCAUGAUCUUUUACUUGAACGAGCAAACGUUAAACAUGCAUCAAGUUUAUGUGAAUAUUUAUUAGAAUCACUUUUAUCUCGUUUUGGUGGUACGUUGGAACAAAUGUUAUUAGUAAUUGAUAUUUCAGAAAAUAAAAAAGAUGAAAAUUUUUAUGAUCUUCUCAAAGAUCCUGUCUUUUUAGUAGCACCAUUUUUAGAUGGUCAAUUUCAUCUUAAUUGGAUAUCAAAACAAUGUAUUUUAAUUAAACGAGUUAAUGCACCACUUGGAACAUCAGAAAAUGAUAAUCCAAUAUUAACUCUAAUAGCACAAACACAAUCAUUAUCUUCUAGUGCAGCAACAAGCCCAAUUACACCAAAACGAAAAUACUUAUUUACCGACAUUGUAAAGGAAACAAAAAAACGUACGUCGGAUCCAUUCAACUAUAUUAAAGAUGAGAUAUUCAAAUACUUGAAUCUUGAAAAUGCAGAUGCCAUGGUUCUUUUAAAAUCUUCGAAGAUUUAUCCAACUCUUUCAAAAUUAGUAAUGAAAUUUCUGUCGACUCCUGCAACUUCCGCUCCAGUUGAACGUGUGUUUAGUCAGAGUGGAUUUCUUUUUCGUCAACAUCGUGCAUCAAUGACACGAACUACUGUACAACAAUUAACAAUGCUCAAAUGUAAUCGUGGUCUAUGCUAA